AUGACUACUCCGGGAUCCAUUCCAACGCUUGAAAGUCCAGUCCUUCACGCCUCAAGUUCUCGUAUUUCGAUUUCAACGUACUAUGCAGUUCUCGAUAUCUUUCAGACGCGUCUCUAUGAUAUUUGGCCAAUCACCAAUGUUGAGGAUUUGAAACUCCGGCUAAAGAGCUUAGACAGCAAUCCCACUGCACAUGCUUUAGCAGCAGCUUUGUGUGCUGCGACGUUAGCACAAAUGCGUAUCUGGCUAGUACCGAAUCCGUACCCCAAGGAUCUCUCCGUGACAGCAGAAGACUUUGUCAAAGAAUGUCUCCGUGUUCGACUUGAGCAUCACUCUCACCAAGAGCCGUCUCUUCAGGCUCUGGUUACAUCGGUUUUUCUUCACAUGUACUAUGCAAAUCGAGAUCAAAUUACACCGGCUACCAUCUACCUCCGGGAGGCAAUCACAUACGCAGACCUUUUGCACCUAUGCCAUAACUCUUCAUCAGAUCCAGUGAGGUCAGAGCAGUGGCAACUGGAGCUUCGGAGCUAUUGGAUCAUUUUUGUGACCGAAAGGACAUUUUGCAUCCAACAUGACCUCCCAAUUACACUACACAGAAUACAAAAUCUUCCAGAAAUCAGGAGCAAUACCUCCCAAGCAAACCUCUUUGCGGGAUUCUGCGCACUUGUUAAACUGUUUUUGUAUGUGCAACGCCCUCUUAUAUUACCGCCUAUGACAAACAGAGCUAUCGAGGCAACAGAUAUAUAUUCAAAGGAUAGUAUAUCGAAUAUUCAAAGGAACAUCCAGACCAGAGUGCCUGGCCUUGAACUUACGUCCGAAAUACAAUAUGUGGAUAUAUUGACCACAUCUGCAUGGGUUCGUACGUUGCUAUGGCAGUACUCUGCCUCUCAUUUCAUGCUCUCCUCAUCCACUUCUAUUGAGCCGCUAUCAUUUGAUUACCCUAUAUCAAUUGCCAAAGAUUAUCUAGAGUCUCUUUCCGGCAUAUCCAUUGACUCUUUGCGUAGCCAUGGAUAUGGCAUGGUAAGCCAUCAACUUUUAAUUCCCUUUGUCAUCGAAAUUUCAUGUCCUAAUUCAUUUCCCUUCACAUAG